UUGUCGUGCUCAGCAAGUCACACCAUUCGUCGUCCUGCUCUCUGCCUUCCGCGCAGCUCACUAUAGGCUUACUGGAGUCGAUGAUGCGACAAUUGGUAUCCCCAUCGCCAACCGCAACCGGGCAGAACUUGAACAUUUGAUUGGCUUCUUUGUCAACACUCAGGGUAUCCGGGUCUCUAUCAACGAUGAUACCUUUGACAGCCUAGUCCAGCAGGUCCGUGAGACUACUACGGGUGCUUUUGCCAAUCAAGACGUACCGUUCGAGCAGCUCGUGUCGUCGCUAUUACCAGGAUCGCGAGACACAUCGCGCAACCCACUAGUCCAGCUCAUGUUUGCUGUCCACUCACAGAAACACCUUGGGCGCCUGAAUUUAGAAGGUGUAGAGGGAGAGCUCAUACCACUAACACCUACCACACGGUUUGAUAUGGAGUUCCACUUUUUCCAGGAGGAGAGUAGCAUGACCGGUGGUGUACUAUAUGGAAAAGAUCUUUUCGAGGCUGAGACUGUUAUCGGAGUUCUCUCCGUCUUCUAUGAGAUCCUCCGUCGCGGUCUCAACGAGCCAAAGACGCCAAUCACUACUCUUCCAAUCACAGACGGUCUGUCAGAGCUCCGCGACCUGGGUCUGCUCGAUAUCCAGCGUAGGGAGUAUCCGCGGGACUCGACCGUCGUCGACCUCUUCCGGGACCAAGUGGCCAUAUCUCCGGAGGCACUGGCGGUCAAAGACUCUGCCAUUGAGCUGACCUACGUGGAGCUCGACCGACAGUCAGACAAACUGGCUGCGUACUUACGGACACUCAGAGUCCCUUCAGGAACGCUCAUUGCUGUAUUGGGUCGGCGAUCCUGGCAAACGGUCGUCGCUUUCUUCGGCAUCCUCAAGGCCAACCUUGCGUACUUACCGCUUGACGUCUCCAUUCCCCAAGGUCGACUUGAGGCAAUCUUUUCAACCAUCUCGGGUCACAGAAUUGUGCUACUAGGAACCGGUUCCGAGGCGAUGUCUGGCUUGGAUGACAUCGAUUUUAUACCCAUCUCCGAAGCCUUAUCCGCAUCGGUCCAGAAAAACACUCGUAAGGCUAUAGAAACCGUUAUGCCAACAGCGACUAGCUUAGCAUACGUUAUCUUCACGUCCGGCUCUACAGGUACACCUAAAGGAAUCAUGAUUCCGCACCGCAGCUUGGUCAACGUGCUAUCGCAACGCCCAGCCUACGGAGCCGUAGCCCAUAUGACGUCUCUUGCCUUUGAUCCAUCUGUCUUUGAGAUGUUGACGGCUCUGCUUCAUGGUCACCCUCUGGUCUGUAUCGACACCAUGACUGCACUGGAAGGAACCGGCCUCGUAAGCAUUUUCAAAGAACAACAAAUCCGAGUCGCCUUCAUGACACCGGCUUUGCUCUCAAGGCUCCUCACCCAAGCAUCAGAGGCACUUGGCGAGUUAGACGCGCUUUAUGUGCUUGGAGACCGCUUCCCUGCAAAGGACGCUCACCUGGCAGCCAAACUUGUCAAAUCCGCCGUCAUCAACAUAUACGGCCCGAGUGAGAAUUCCAUUUGCACAACGCUCUAUUCAUUCUCUUCUGGCGUGGAGUGCCACAAAGACGUUCCUAUCGGGCGAUCCAUUAAGAAUUCUGGUGUGUUCUUAAUGGAUCCUCGCGGACAACUCGUCUCUCCAGGCGUGUUGGGUGAAGUCGUCGUGACUGGGGACCAACUAUCGCUUGGAUAUACCGAUUCCCGGCUCAACAACCGCUUUGUGGAAAUUACCGUGGCUGGCAAGACAAUGAGAGCCUUCAAGACUGGCGAUGCAGCGCGAUGCCGUCCCAAAGACAUGCAGCUGGAAUUCCUCGGCCGUAUGGAUCAACAGGUCAAGAUUCGAGGACAGCGUGUAGAGUUGGCGGAAAUUGAACACGCCCUUCUCAGACACGACUCUG